AUGGAUGGCGAUUGGCCGCAGCUGGAGCGCACGCCAGGUAAAAUCCCACCCAACUUUUGUGGAAAAGGAAAAUCGGAGCCCAACGGCAACGGUGAGAUGAGCCGCCCGGACGACGGACAUAGGUCUUUCUUCCCUGUGGGAAACCCCUUCCGGGUCAUCCUCCCAGGGGGACCUCACCUGCCUCGGAAGCUCCAGGCGCUGCUCAAGUCAUACGAGGAUGCCCUGGCCUUGAGCUUGAGGAAGCUAAAGCCGGAGAAUCCCUUGGAGGUCCUCACCUUGUCCUGGAUGAGGCUUGCCGUGGAUUGCUUGUCAGAGCUGCAUGCCAACAUAGGCACCCUGAUAACCGAGCUCGAGCUGCCUGUCUCGGAUUGGGAUGAGAAGUGGGUGGACAUUUACUUGAACAGCAGCGUUAAGCUGCUGGACAUCUGCAUCGUGCUGAGCUCGGAGCUCGCUCGGUUGGAUCAAGGGCAGUUGCUUGUCAAGUAUGUCCUGGAUGUGUUGGACACCAAAAGCGGUGUGCUGUCAUUGGAGCAGCUCAAGCGAGCUGAGGUAUCACUUAAGGAGUGGAUGGACAAGGUGGACACAGCGCGCCCAAGACUCGACAGCUGCUCAACGGCCUUGCAGGAACUUGCUGGGAGCCUUUGUCUGAUGAAGGUCAAGAAUUCUGCUAAGGGGAAGGACCUCAUGAGAGCUUUGUAUGGAAUAGAGUCCGUGACAGUCUUUACCUGCAGCGUCUUUGUGGCUGCACUGUCAGGCAGUCCCAAUCCAUUGGUGGAGUUGCAUGUCCCUCAGAAAUUUGGUUGGGCACAGGCCUUCAAUGAGCUUCAUGCUACCAUCAGUGGGGAAGUCAAAAGGCAAUUAUCCAGGGGAAGUGUUUCAGCUGUAAAAGAGCUGGAAGAAGUCGAAGCAUGUGCCAGGAAACUGCAUGCGUUGACUAGGACUGCUCAGCUUGAAGAAGAAAAUGACAACCUGGCUUGUGCUGUGAGCCUUUCAAAGCAAAUGGUGAUGCCGGACAUCACUGAACAGAAAGAAAAACCCGAGUGUAAUCUUAAGUCGGCUGAUGACAGUAGCCAGGAAUGUGAAGUGAUCAUGACAGAGAUUGGUACUGAAGAAGGAACACAAGAAGCUGAAAUUAUGCAGGAUACCCACUGUGAGAGUAAGCUGAGCACGCUUGAGAGUAUCAGUGAAGAUGACAAGAUGAUAAGUGGGGCAAAUGGCUUCAUCGACGAGAAUAUGACCAUCGUUCCUGAGAGAACCAGCAUCUCGGAAGGUAGAGAAGAGCUGCUGGACUGUAUCUCCAGCAUGUCAAAAAGCGCCGAGGGGCUUCGGCUCGGGUUGGAUUCGUUGUCCAAACGAGUCGGGGACUUCUUCCAGAUCGUGCUUACAGGACGUGACGCGUUGCUCUGCAACCUAAGGAUGUCAGAUGCAGCAAGCAAGGUCACCGAGGUUAGGUCUUGA